GUCCGGGAAACCAUCGGCUUCCGGCGCGCAGUGGUGGGCGGAGCCAACAUGGCUGAGGAGACGCCAGAGGCGAAAAGUCACCUUCCUGCAUCUGCUGAAUCUCACAAACUCAGACAAAAGAAAGCUCCAGAGUUCCCCAUUUUGGAGAGGCAGAACUGGUUGAUACAUCUGCACUAUAUCCGGAAGGAUUAUGAAGCAUGCAAGGCUGUUAUCAAAGAGCAGCUUCAGGAGAGUCAGGGGUUGUGUGAGUACGCCAUCUAUGUCCAAGCAUUGAUUCUUCGUCUGGAAGGAAAUAUCCAAGAGUCCCUGGAGCUCUUUCAGAAGUGUGCUGUUCUCAGUCCUCAGUGUGCUGAUAACCUCAAGCAGGUGGCCAGGUCUUUAUUUCUUUUGGGAAAACAUAAGGCUGCCACUGAGGUAUAUAAUGAAGCAGCUAAGCUUAACCAGAAAGAUUGGGAGAUCUGCCAUAACCUAGGAGUCUGCUAUAUUUAUCUGAAGCAGUUCAACAAGGCAGAGGAACAGUUGCAGAGUGCCCUCCAGCUCAACAGGCACGACCUGACCUACAUAAUGCUGGGGAAGAUCCACUUACUGGAGGGAGACUUGGACAAAGCCAUUGAAAUCUACAAGAAGGCAGUGGAGUUCUCACCAGAAAAUACCGAACUUCUCACAACUCUAGGACUGCUGUACUUACAGCUUGGUGUUUACCAGAAGGCAUUUGAACAUCUUGGAAAUGCAUUGACUUAUGACCCCACCAACUACAAGGCUAUCUUGGCGGCGGGCAGCAUGAUGCAGACUCAUGGGGACUUCGAUGUCGCCCUCACCAAGUACAGAAUUGCGGCCUGUGCCGUGCCGGAAAGCCCCCCACUAUGGAACAACAUUGGCAUGUGUUUCUUCGGCAAGAAGAAGUACGUGGCGGCCAUCAGCUGCCUGAAACGAGCUAACUACUUGGCACCUUUUGACUGGAAGAUUCUGUACAAUUUGGGCCUUGUUCACCUGACCAUGCAGCAGUAUGCUUCGGCUUUUCACUUCCUCAGUGCAGCCAUCAACUUCCAGCCCAGGAUGGGGGAACUGUACAUGCUUCUGGCUGUGGCCCUGACCAACCUGGAAGACAUUGAAAAUGCCAAGAGAGCCUAUGCGGAGGCCGUGCAACUGGAUAAGUGUAACCCUUUAGUAAACCUCAACUAUGCCGUGCUGCUGUACAAUCAAGGUGAGAGGAAAGGUGCCCUGGCCCAGUAUCAGGAGAUGGAGAAGAAGGUCAGCUUUCUCAAGGAGAACAGCUCCCUGGACUUUGACCCUGAGAUGGUAGAGAUGGCUCAGAAGUUGGGAGCUGCUCUCCAGGUUGGGGAAGCACUGGUCUGGACUAAACCACUGAAAGAGCCUAAGUCGAAGCACCGGACAGUGUCUGCUGGCAAACCUGCCACGCUGCAGAAGCCUCUGGGCUCCAAUCAAGCUCUAGGACAGGCAAUGUCUUCAGUAGCAGCCUACAGGAAGAUUCCUUCAGGUGUUGGAAGAACAGCUCAAUUCACAAAGCCACCAUCGCUUCCUCUGGAGCCAGAGCCCAUGAUGGAAGCAGCAGGACAAAGAAGAGAAAAAUAGAAACAAGUAAGAGAAAAAAGCAGGGUCAGAAUAGGAUGGCCCUGGAGUAGUCUCUUGGGAUUAAGGAAGGUCAUAUGACCAGAAAGUGGAUACCAGCACCGCUCUCAGGGUGAGCACCACAGAAUUAAACACAAGUCGGGCUGUGUUGUGAUGAUGAGGAGGAGCUCAGGCUUUUGCAGGCACUGGAAAGCCCCAUUAUCUAGGAAGUAGGGAGAAGACAGCCUCAUAGUCCUUCAAGAGUCGGAGAGUCUGCCUAUGGCUCCCAAGAGCCAGCCAAGGCCCAUGAUGCGAAGGCCAUCACUCAAUAAAGCACUUUUAUCUCCUGGCCCACUGAGCCCUUCCUUUGUGCAAGGGAAGACGGACCUCUGCUCAGCAGCCUGGGCUAGUCCCCACGGCAAACCCAAACCUCGCAGCAGAAACCCCAGGCCCACAGGAUGUCUAGAACUGUGAGAGGCCAGAGUCAGAUCAUGUCAAUGCAAGAAGCAAGCAGGAGGUAAGGGAUGGCCUGGUACUGGCACCAGGGAUUUUUUUUUUUAAGGAAAAGCUUCUAAGGAAUAUUAAUGUAUGAUAAUCAACGAUAACUACUACUGACCAUAUGCUAUGUUCUUUUUAAAGAUUAUGUAUCAUUCCACAGGCAUACAAAAUAAGAGGCCACAUUAAAAACGUUUUUUA